CUACAAUCUUGGUUGCUAAAUUGCAUCAAAAGUUUGAUUUUUGAUCUGGGAUUUGUUCGAAAAGCAAUCUUUAUCGAGUUUUCGAUAUGGGUUUUUCGAAAAAGCAUCAAGUAGAUGGGGAAUCUUUAGAAGGGAAGAAAUGGGUGAUUGCUGGAAUCGCCAUGAGAGCUCCUUUGAGGUCUAUAGUUACAAAAAAGGUGAAAGAAGACGAUGAGAACUCAAAUUCCAACUCCGGCGACACCACUCCGACGUCGAAAGACUCAAUGAUACCGGAGAUGUUGCCGUGUCCGCCGCCGCCGAGGAAACGCCGGCCGGUGACCACUUGUUAUAGUGGAAACAGGGAGUUUUUUACUUCACCGGAUUUGGAUUCUUUAUUCAAACUCCUUUCAAAUGCAGGAAAAGCCAAUUAAAUUUCUUGCCUUUUUUAGGGUUGUUUUCUAUAUCCCAUCUUUGUUUUUCUUCACUAGUUUUAUUAGCUCUUUUUUUAGGGUUUCUUAGAUUUUUUUUUAUUAACCUGAAUAUCCAACCCGUUGUGCAAGCCGACUAAUCACAGUGCAACCACCUGGUUUGCAGAUAGCCCGGGUUUCUUAGAAUUAGUGUUUGUGUUAGAAGCAUGUACAAAAAUAGUAGUAUAUGAUUCUUGAUGGAGAGUAGUCAAAUAGGUAGUUUAAGAGGUUAGGUUUUGGGUUCAAUGAGAUAGUCUUGCUCUUAUGGGUUUGUUUCAAGUUUGAGGCUUUUAUGUUUCUUGGGUUCUUUUUUGAACUCUCAACCUUUUAAACCCUAAAUGGCAAAUGGGUUAUUGUCACAAGGGUUAAAGAGCUCUUUUGUGGCCAAGUUUGAUGCUUUAUGUUUGUAUGUGUGGAAAUUUACAAG